CCCUCGUUCCCUGAUCCCCGCCGCACCUUCGUCCUUACCCGCACUUACUAACCACAGGUACACUUGAGCUUGCUAGAGAGGCAUCCGACCAUCUUCGCCUCCACUCGCUAUCUUUUGAUCUCGCUGCGAAACAGCGCCCCUGCGAUCUAGCUAAACACGCUUGACCGCCUGUCUCUCGUCUGAAGCAUUCGCAGUCCAUAACCGCUUACAAUGGAGAACUACCAGAAGCUGGAAAAGGUCGGAGAGGGAACUUACGGAGUUGUCUACAAGGCGCGCGACCUCACCACCAAAGACCAACGCAUCGUCGCUCUCAAGAAGAUCCGUCUCGAAGCCGAAGAUGAAGGCGUCCCGUCAACCGCCAUCCGUGAGAUCUCCCUUCUCAAGGAGAUGAACGACCCGAACAUUGUCCGCCUCCUCAACAUCGUACACGCCGACGGACACAAGCUAUACCUCGUCUUUGAGUUCCUUGAUCUGGAUCUGAAGAAGUACAUGGAAGCGCUACCAGUGAGCCAGGGUGGACGAGGCAAGGCGCUGCCAGAGGGCUCUGGUCUGGCGGGUCAGGCUCUGAGCAUGGACGACAAGAUGGUGAAGAAGUUCAUGAUGCAGCUGUGUCAGGGUGUGCGGUAUUGCCAUGCUCAUCGCGUGCUGCAUCGCGAUCUUAAGCCCCAGAACUUGCUCAUCGACAAGGACUGUAAUCUCAAAUUGGCUGAUUUCGGUCUGGCUCGCGCAUUCGGUGUCCCGCUGCGAACAUACACACACGAGGUCGUCACGCUAUGGUACCGCUCUCCAGAGAUUCUGCUCGGUGGUCGUCAAUACUCUACUGGUGUUGACAUGUGGUCUGUGGGAUGCAUCUUCGCUGAGAUGUGCACGCGCAAGCCCUUGUUCCCUGGUGAUUCGGAGAUCGACGAGAUCUUCAAGAUCUUCCGUAUCCUCGGCACCCCCAACGAACAAGACUGGCCCGGCGUUACCUCGUUCCCCGAUUUCAAGCCCUCGUUCCCCAAGUGGGGUCGGACGGACGUCGCGAACAUUGUCACCAACCUCGACGAAGUUGGUCUUGACCUCCUCGAUGCACUGCUCGUAUACGACCCCGCUGGUCGCAUUUCAGCAAAGCAGACGGCUGUCCCAAGGGGACGCUACGACUGUUACGCAUUUGGUGGCUGCAUGAUUGGGCUGUACCCCAUCGGACAGCAAGCGGCGUUCCGGUCAGGAUAUGUUACAAAGUGCAUACAUGCAAUACUACAUACAACCACACCAAGCUGCUUCAAUUUUUGCAUAGUCAUAAUGACUUCUGCCACCCCGAAAUUGCUUCCCGUAUCUACAGGCCCACGGCUUAUCGUUUACCACCAGACUUACCACGACUCCAACGACAACUACCACUCGCUGCUUCCGCUGCUCACCAACAACACCGGUAUUACGCAUGUGAUUAUUGCGGCUAUCCACCUCAACGACGGCGUGGGAAACAUAACGCUGAACGACCACCGCCCUGAUGACAAGAGGUACGACCAGCUAUGGGGCGAAGUGAAUUGGCUACAAGGUAGCGGGGUCAAGGUGCUGGGUAUGCUGGGAGGAGCAGCAAAGGGCAGCUUCGAGAAGCUUAGUGGAGAGGAAGAGAAUUUCGAAGCAUACUACUCGCCCCUCCGCGACCUGAUACGCCGUUACUCCCUCUCAGGCCUUGACCUCGACGUCGAAGAAGAAACCACCUUAUCCACCAUCACGCGCCUUAUAUCCCGCCUGCGCACCGACUUCGGUCCCGAGUUCGUCAUAACUCUAGCUCCCGUGGCCACGGCCCUUAUUCCCGACCCCAACGUCCCCGCGCACCUUCGCCCUCCCCGCCCCAUGCUCGCAUCGGGACCGAGCCCCAAUCCUCUACACCCCACUUUACCGCACCUUAGCGGGUUCAGCUAUCCAGAGCUGGAGUGCAGUGUUUUUGGUAAAGAGAUCAGUUGGUAUAACACACAGUUUUAUUGUGGCUGGGGCGAUGCAGGAAGGACAGAGUGGUACGAUGCAAUCGUAGCGGCGGGCUGGAAGCCAGAAAAGGUGGUUCUGGGUGUUGUCACAAAUCCUGGGAAUGGGGCUGGACACGUGAAUAUACAGAAACUAGCAGAUAAUUGCAAGAAGUUACGGCAAAAGUACGGGAAUACUGGCAAAGGCUUUGGGGGUGUAAUGGGAUGGGAGUACUUUAAUGCUGGAGAUUGCGAGGAAGAUCUUGUUCACGUUUCGAGUCUGGAACUGGAUAACGAUACCGUGCAGGCUGGAUGGGUCAAGGCGCUGGGCAGGGUGUUGCGCACAGAAGAAGAAAACAACACAGGGCAAAGACCAUUGCAAGGUGUCACAGCUGAUCAGAUCCGCAGCAUGGUGAGUAACCUUCCUACUGCCAGAGCAGCUUGGCCAGACGAAGAGAUAGGCAAAUUGGUGGUGUUGGGGUUCUCGCGUCAAGAGGCUAUUGCAGCAUUGAAUGCUACAGAUGGAAACACAGAGAUGGCAGCGGGGUUCUUGUUUGAACAUUACCCGAGUUAGUUGGUGAAGGGAACAUAGGAUUCGUGUUGGGGGUAUAGUGCAUAGAUACAUGGAGAUGUUGUAAUGAAUGAUGGUUUUGGUGGUGCGAUGUG